AUGCCUCUGGAUACCGUAGUACGAGAAUAUCCUCGAUUAUGCGCUAUUCUCGCCCUCCUCCCUAUGCUCGUCAUAUGGGCAACAGUGCGCCUGCUGUACGUUGACUAUGGCGUUCCUGGCUCACUGGCCCUCUUCGGCGGUGUCUUCGGCGAGUUUGUCAUUGAACCUGAAGCUUUAAUUUCUAACUGGCGCGGUGUUAUAUAG